GUGCAGUGACCCAGACUCGGAAGUAGAUCCGGAUCUGCCUCAGUAAAAUGAAGAUGCCAGGUGCAGAAGUGUACUGGUUGUUCUUUGUGUUAUUAGUUUUAGUUUUGCGCCUUGGGACAGCAGCUGAAAUCUCUGUAUGGAACGUGUACUUCAACUCGUCACAAGAUGCAGUUUUUCGGAAAACGUUGUAUGCCAAUACCACUAUCUUCAUGAACUUCCAUGGUGAGGCAGCAUCAUGUGAUAGAAACUUGGCCUUCAACAUCAGCUGGUACCUACGCUCCUCCAUGUGCUAUAAUGAAGUCUUUAACACCCCGGAUGACAAAGCCAUGAACAUGUUUGAUAUGAAACAUAUGUUGAAAGAUGGCUGGCAGGGUUUCUACAGCCAGGGCUAUGUGUACUUUGACAACUGCUCCUCCCUUUUGUCACCUAAGGUUUACUAUGCAGACUUCAACCCUUAUCAUUCACUCUCCAGCCUAAAGAGUGACUCAUCGAAUGUGAGCCUUUUUUGGCUGGAUAAACCGGGCAUCGGUGCAGUGGCCAAAGCCUGGGAGGACAGCCCGUAUCUGUUCAUCGUGAAGGUGCAGCCGAAGAGCCACAGACUAGAUGAUGAAGGUGUAGCAGGGUCCAACUUUGCUUUCACAAUGAAUGUGGAGAUGAAGGGACCACAUGACUAUUCCUCUCCAGCAGACUGGCCUUUGAUGAUGUUCUUCAUGGUCAUGUGCAUUGUGUAUGUGCUGUUUGGUGUUCUCUGGCUCUUCUGGUGUGCCUGUUAUUGGAGGGAUUUACUUCGAACCCAGUUCUGGAUCGGCGCUGUUAUCAUCCUUGGGAUGUUGGAGAAAGCUGUAUUUUACUCUGAGUAUCAGAGUAUCCGUUACAAAGGAGACUAUGUUCAAGGUGCUGUGAUUUUUGCGGAGCUUCUUUCUGCACUCAAGAGGUCUCUAGCUCGAAUCCUGGUCCUCAUUGUCAGUCUUGGCUACGGAAUAGUCAAGCCCAGGUUGGGUACCACAGUACAUCGGCUUGUAGCUGUUGGGCUCCUUUACCUGUUCUUCUCCUCUGUGGAAGGUGUGCUGAGAGUGACGGGUGGAUUCUACGGGACGGUUGCCCUGGUGGCUAAUCUCAGCCUCUCCCUUAUUGACUCCUGUGUCAUGUGGUGGAUUUUCAUCAGUUUUAUCUCAAACCCACUCGUCUCCCUGAAGCUCCGCAGAAAUAUAGUGAAGCUCUCUUUGUACCAGCACUUUACCAACACACUCAUCUUCUCUGUUGUUGCUUCCAUUGUAUUCAUCAUCUGGACCACCAAAGUCUUCAAGCUGGUGGACUGUCAGUCGGGUUGGAGGGAUUUGUGGGUAGAUGAUGCCUUCUGGCGUCUCCUGUUCUCCACCAUUCUGCUGGUUAUCAUGGUCCUGUUCCGGCCCUCUGCUAACAGCCAGAGAUUUUCCCAUUCUCCCCUGAUUGAUGAUGAUGAUGAAGACGAUGAGGCCAAGGAGCCCAUGCUGAAUGACGCAUUUGAGGGAAUGAAGAUGAGAGGCUCAAAACCCGACACGAAUGGCUCUCAGAAACUACUGAGUAAAGAGGAUGAAGACUUAAAAUGGGUCGAGGAGAACAUCCCUACGACUGUUGCUGAUGUAGCACUCCCUGUAAUGUUGGAUGAAGAAGAGGAAAUCCUGAAAACCAAGAUGGAGAGAUCUAAAAUGGAAUAGAAUCAUUAACAGAAAAUGUGAGAGAGGAAGAUGUGGAGGGGGAAAAAAAUAUUUUAUCUGUGGCAGCAACAAAUGCAUUUAUGUUAAAUAACUUGAUCAUCAAAUAACGUGGGCGAUGCUCGCUGUUAUAGCUGGAUAUUGUAUUUAGUUUUGGGAUUUGUAUCACACACAUUGUGUUGUAAGAUGGUAUUGUGCAGCCCUAAAUCUGAUGGGUUGAAUGUUCAUGUGCAGAUCAGGGGUGAAAUGAAAGCACUUUAACAAAACGUAAACGUAUAAAGGUUAAGUGAAAUUUUACAGUAUAGGA